AUGUUCAGACUUCUUACGCCAAACUCCCAGGGUCUCCGUAAUGUGUUGCUCCGUAACGUCAACAAAAAUCAUACUGGUCUCAAGCUUGCCGGUCCUAACGGUACCGUUGAUCUCCAGAAGGAUUAUCAGAUCAGAAACAACUCCACGCUAAAGAGCCAGGAUGCGUUUGUGAAACAGAAAAACUAUGUCCUCGCGGACCAGACCGCCAUUGGUGACGCCAACACUUUUGACCAGCUCCUCAGAUCUGCCAGACACCACAGAAAACAACGCUCAAAGGUCAAUGAGCCUUUGACCAGAACCAUCCAGUCCUUGUCAGAUAUGUUCAAAGAUGACAGUAUCAAGGAACACUUGUCGUCGCUGAACAUCGGCCAAUAUGCUUCGCUCUUGAACGAUGCUGUGUUCCGCAACCGUUUCUCUCGUCUUUCCAGCCACAGUAAUAGAGACUCUGACUCCUACAACAGCAACAACGUCAACAACGACAUCAUGCUCAAAGAGGCCAUCUUGAACUUGAUGGACAAUGUCAGUUCAGGUCAGAUUAAGGGCGCUAUUGACCCAGAGACCGUCAAGAACUUGCUUCUUUCCAUGUGUCAAUACAAGGCCUGGCCUGAGAUCGUCAACUUCUGGGAAAACGGUGUCAACGACGAGAACUUGAGUCAACUCUUCCUUAGUGAAAAGAUCUUGGCUGCUGUGUUACCCGUCGCUUUCGACGAGCAAAGAUACUCUUAUGAUCAAAUCAUUAAGUUGUACGACACAAACGUCAAAGACAAGAACAAUGUAGACCCAGACCUUGUGGUGUCCAUUGGUAAGAUUGCGCUUAAGAGCGAGGAUUACACUCGUGCUUUGGAUGCCAUGGAGAGCUUGUUAAAAGUGUACGAGGCUGACCCCACCAGUCUCCGCGUCUUAAAGAACCUAAGCGAAUUGCAUCUCUCAUUCAUUGGUUUCAGUAAGGACUUGAAUAUCGCCACUCACUUCUUCAACAAGGUUAUCGAGCAUGAGUUGCCUUAUGAGGCUCCACUUAAGGCGCCUCAUGUUGCAUCUCUCCUAGAAAACCUCAUGGCCAACAACGAGAGCUACGAGACCAUCUACGAUGUCUGGAGAAAGACUGCGGAUUUCUACACCAAGGAUAAGUUCCAGCAAUCCGCCAUUAACUCCAGAUACUCCAUCUUGAACAAUAAAUUCUUGUCGAUCUUCUUCCAGCUUCAUCCAUCCUUGACAGAGGAAUCGCACUCUGAAUUGAAAAAGCUCAUCGCCACUUACUCUAAUGUCAAAGACAUUGACGAAUAUUUCUUGAAUACCUUGAUUUCCAAUUACAGUUGGGGAGACAAGACUGUCUUCUUGCAGUUGUUAGAACUCUACCAGAUCCACGACAUCGCAAGCACCCCUGUUUCCAACCGUAUUGUAUUGAAAAAGAUGGGUGACAUCUCGGACUUCACUGUGCGUGACAUCAUCGACCGUUGGAACCGCUCUUUGGGCCACCUUGACCAGGCUGGCUACAGAUACAUUCCUAUUGCUGACUGGGCUGCCUUGCGUGACUGCACGAUCUUGUCGCGGUUCGGUAAAGAAAGAACAGACGUUUACAUGGCAAUUUUGGCAGCUUACAAGGACUUUCACCAGGACGGAAAGGCCGUGACCAGAUUCGUCAAGACUUGGCUGCACAGCCCCUUGGCUAACACGGUCGCACGGAUGGUAUCUGAGCCCGAGAGCAACUUUGUUUGUGAAGAGAGCAUCAGCAUUCCUGAAUUCAAAAAGUUGAAGAAAAACGUCAACUACAAGAAACUUGCCAAGGAGUUGAAUUAA